AACUUAAAUAUUGUGAUAGUAUUACAUCGCGAUGUCUCUGGUGAUUUUAAACGUCUUAUUUUGUGUCUUCAGUGUUCCUUUAAAUCCUUUAAAUGUAUCCACGUGUGUUUUUCAGGUAUGUGGCCAUGAGCCACCCAGUCUCGGUCCACCUCUACUUCCUGUCAGACCAUUUUCAGGGCUACCUUGUGCGUCAUGUGGCCACGAACCAAGCCUCCACCCAGCUGGAGACCCUGGAGACCUGGGUCACACCCAGAGACCACUUCAGCCUGGCCAGCCCCCCCCAUCCAACCAACAGACUGCAGCAUAUCCAGGUGGGGACAGAUUGGGAUCCUAAGGAGCGUCUCUUCAGGAAUUGGGGGCGUCUUCUGGGACCCGAGGACGAGCCUGUGGCCGUGCAGCGCUGGAGCCGAAGCCAGAGCAACCUGACGGCCACCGUGGUGUGGAUCGACCCUACCAACGUCAUUGCUGCCACGUACGACAUCCUGGUAGAUGCUUCUGCCGAGGUUACCCACUAUAGACCGCCGCUGAACCUGCCGCUGAGGCCCGGCUUGUGGACACUGAGGGUGCUGCACCACUGGAGCCUGCUGGGCCAGACCAGUUUUACUGUGGCCCCACUGGAGUUUCACCGACAACAGCCCAUACAACACGACGACGCUCGGCGGCUUCACGCCGGCCCGUCCAGAAACUCCUACAUGGAGCAGAGUUUCCACGGCCUCAACCCCGUUCUGCGUCUGCCUGUUAGCCUCAGCGCUGUGGAGGAGGCCGAGGCCAACGCCGGCCUGACGGGGGCGCCACUGCGUCAAUGGCUUGACCGUUUACUGGAAGGUCACUGGUCGGCGUCGGACGUCUGCUCCACGGGCCCCAGCGCCUGUCCCAUCAUGCAGCGGUGCGGCCUCACCGCCUGGAGUUCCACGAGCCCUGACCCCAAAUCUGCAGUGACCACGCCCAGAGAGGACGGACGCAUCAGGUAGCGGACGGAGAAAAAAAAAAGACUGAGGGGACGGAGGAGAGGAC